GACAGACAGGUAGAAUAUCCUUAAUGCAUUCCUUUGCCUAAAGGAUAUUGUGGCUAUGGAGGAUCUGGUAAAACACCUCUCCAGAUGUCAACACCUGGGCUGGAUGUAUGUGAUUGAGCUAAAGCAAGGCUUCAACCACUGGUUGUCCUGUGGUCACAAGGCGAAGCCAGACAUCUGGAACCAGAUGUUUUGCAUCCUGUCGGACUCUCAGUUACUGAUGCUGGACAACCUGCAGAUCCAUCCCCUCCUGCUGGCAGAGAGGGCGGAGGCUUGUACUGUUUGGCUGCUAAAAUACACUCUUCGUGUGACCUCAGCACCCCCUUGCCCCACCCACAAAGAUGGUGAAGACAGAGGGCGUCAACAGAGCAUGCCCAGUAACUCCACUGUAGACACGCCCACUGCCAGAAUCACGGGUUUUCUGUCCCAGAGGCUGAAACAGUCUCUUCGUCGAACCCGAUCGCAGCCCAAACUGUCUCGUCAGCACAGCAUUAAAAGUGAAUCCAUGAAUCCUGCUGAAAGCAGCAAUCAAAAUGCUCGGUGUGUGAUGCAGCGGCUGCACUGCAGUAGCCAGGAAUCUCUGCUAACCACUGGCUGUGUUUCAUCUCUGGAGCUCUGGAUGGACCAGUCUGUGAUCAUCAAACCAGUCCACUCCUCCCUCCUGGGCCAGGAUUACUGCUUCGAGGUAACUACCUCAACAGGCACCAAGUGUUUUUCAUGUCGCUCGGCAGCAGAGCGAGACAAAUGGAUGGAGAACCUGAGACGAGCCGUUCAUCCCAACAAAGACAACAGCAGGAGGAUGGAGAAUGUGCUGACUGUGUGGGUGAUCGAAGCAAAGGACCUGACCACGAAGAAAAGGUACUUCUUUGAGCUGUGUCUGGACGACAGUCUUUAUGCUCGAACAUCAUGUAAACUGAAGACUGACAACAUCUUCUGGGGAGAACGCUUCGACUUUAGCAGUCUGCCAUCUAUCAGCGCUAUCACACUGCACCUCUACAAAGACACAGACCGGAAGAGGAAAAAGGACAAGAGCAGCUACGUUGGACUGAUCAACAUUCCUGUUGCUACAGUGACUGGCAGGCAGCUAGUGGAGAAGUGGUACUCAGUGAGCACGCCCAGUACAAUCCGAGGGAAAUCUUCAGUGCCGAUGGUCCGGAUCAAAGCUCGACACCAAAGUAUUGUCAUCCUGCCCAUGGAGCAGUACAAGGAAUUUGCAGAGUACAUCAGCUCCAACUACCUGCUGCUCUGUAACACUCUGGAAGCCUCCAUCAGCCUGAGAGCUAAGGAGGAGCUGGCUGCUGCACUAGUCCACAUCCUGCACAGCACUGGCAAAGCCAAGGACUUCCUAACAGACCUGAUGAUGUCAGAAGUUGAUCGUUGCGGUGAUAAUGACCAGUUGAUCUUCAGAGAAAACACGCUGGCAACAAAAAGCAUUGAGGAAUAUCUGAAGCUGAUUGGACAGAAGUACUUGCAAGAUGCUCUUGGUGAGUUUAUUAAAGCUCUGUACGAGUCCGAUGAAAAUUGUGAGGUCGACCCAUCUCGCUGUUCAACCUCUGACCUCGCAGAGCAUCAGGCUAACCUGAGGAUGUGCUGUGAACUUGCUUUCUGCAAGAUCUUGGACUCGUAUAGGGUGUUUCCCCGGGAACUGAAGGAGGUGUUUGCAUCAUGGCGGCAGGAGUGUGGUAGCCGGGGGCGGCCCGACAUCAGUGAGAGACUGAUCAGCGCAUCAUUGUUCCUGCGCUUCCUGUGUCCAGCUGUGAUGUCACCGUCGCUGUUUGAAUUGAUGCAGGAGUAUCCAGACGAGCGUACAGCAAGAACCUUGACCCUGAUUGCCAAGGUGAUCCAGAACUUGGCCAACUUCAGCAAGUUUGGCACCAAGGAGGAAUACAUGCUGUUUAUGAACGACUUUGUAGAACGACAAUGGAGCAGCAUGCAGCGCUUCCUGCAGGAGAUUUCAAACCCAGAUGGGCUGAACCACACUGCUGGCUUCGAUGGGUAUAUUGACCUUGGGAGAGAGCUGUCUUGCCUGCACACACUACUUACUGAGCUGGAUCAGUCCUGCCUGGCGAAGCUUGGCCCUCUUCCUCGGGUUCUCAGAGAUGUUUCGGCAGCUCUGGUUAACCCAGGGGGCCUGGGUAAUCCUGGGUCUUUCUCCUCUCCAGAGCCACAGCGGGUGGUGGCUCCACCUCCUCUGUCCCCACCCCCUCUGUCUCCACCACUGUCUCCUCCCUGUAAUCCCUCCAUUGGCCUGCAGGGUGGCAUUGGGCUGGACGGGAGUGUAGUGGACUUUACCAGACUUCCAUCUCCAACGCCUGAAAACAAAGAUUUAUUUUUUGUCACUAAAGGAUCCAGUUUGCAGCCCACAUCAGGCCUACAGGGUUCUCCUGCUCCAAGCUCUUCCUACUCAGAACCCAAUGAGACUGAGGCAGCCUUUGAAAUGAAUAAUGGGUGCCGGAGGGAUGGGAUGGAGCUGACCAAUGAGAGUCGCAGCCUGUCUCUGGUUGACCUACAGGACUCCUCUCCUACUGAUGGCCUUGACGACAGCAAAUGGCAACGUAGGACAGGGCUACUCCCCCUGUCUUUCCAGAACCCUGUGUAUCACAUGACCACCACAUCUCCUCGGCAGCCACAGCAACAGCAGGAUGCCACACCAUCAGAUGGGUCAGCAGGGUCGCAAGGAAAUGUCGACACCAUGGCAACCAAGCCAGCAUUUCUCACCCAGAUGUCUGUCGGGCUCGGAGGUGGGGAGAGGGGGGAGAGGAUGUCAGCCAUGUCAAGCAGCAGCAGUGGAGAGGAGUACUCCAGACGAGCUCUGUCCCUCACUGAGACUCUCACAGGUACCUCGGGGGCCCCUCGUCAGAAUUCCUCAGGUCCUCAAAGACGCAUUGAUCAGCCCCCUCCCCCGAACUCUGCUCCCCCGGGACCUGCCCGAGGCCGGACUCCCCCCAGUAUGCUCAGUGGCAGCGGUGGGGGUUCUGUCUAUCCUCCUCGUCCAGCCUCUGGUAGCAUAAUGUCUUCAAGUCCUGACUGGCCAAGCAGUGGGCAAUCACGACUCCGACAGACAUCAUCGUCAUCUAAAGGGGACAGCCCUGAGAAACAGCGCCCGGCUGCCAAGGCACCGUCUCCCUGUGCACUGGAUCGAACCGCGGCCUGGCUACUCAACAUGAACUCUGCCUCCUCUUAUGGCGAGACAGAGGAAGAUCGUCAUGAUGAUGCCCUCAUCGAGAAGUACCAGCAGGAGAUUGCAUUACUGCAGGAGAAGUUACGAGUUGCUGCAUUACGUCAGGAGGAAUGCGAAACCCGCCUGAUGGUUCAGGAUCAACAGAACCAACGCAUGUUGCAGGAGUACCAGACUCGCUUGGAGGACACAGAGAGCAGACUGAGGAGACUGCAGGAUGACAAAGACCUCCAGAUGAACAGCAUCAUCAGCAGGUUGAUGGCAGUGGAGGAGGAGCUGAAGAAGGACCACUCUGACAUGCAGGCAGUGGUUGACUCCAAACAGAAGAUCAUAGAGGCACAGGAAAAGAGAAUAGCAAGUCUUGACGCCGCCAACACUCGUCUAAUGGCAGCUCUGACUCAGUUGAAGGAGCGAUAUGCUGUGACAUCACAGAGGAAUGGCCUGUCUCCUAGCAACACAUCAUCGCUGCAGAUCACUGAAAAUGGGGAGUUUCGUAACUCUGGCAACUGCUGAGCAACAUGCAGCUGAGCUGUGAUUGGCUGUGACUGCAGGGAGAGGGAGUAGCUUAUCUGCAUGACAUAUGGGGUGGUCUGAGGCAGACCUAAUUGAAGUCGCUAUAUUUGAUUUAUUUAUUUUUUAUCCAAGCAGCUAGUGCUAUUGUAUUUAUCACCUGCACUCAUGAACAAAUGGAAUGUGACUUCAUCCCUGAUGCUAGGUUACCCCACACAAUCUGUUUUGUUUUGCAUGUUUCCUCUUACAGUUUGACAUCAUAUCCUGUUUCUCAAUUGCACUUCAUUGUCAGUCCUGGAAAAUCAGUCUAAGACUUCAUCUUUAACUGUGACUGACUCUGACUGUAUACAUCGCUGACUGAACUAGAACUAGAACUAGAACACACCCAUUUAAUGAUCACCUCUCAUCAUCUCUGUGUGUGGCUCUGGUCACAUUGGGUAAUUUCAACCAUGUGGUUACUUGUUUUGAUCAAAAGUUCCAAGUAUUAUUAAAGUGAGGGGACCAUAUUAGACGGCAGGAGCACAGAGCUGUUAUCGUUUUAAUAAGAAUAAGAAUGCCUUUAUUAGUCCCACAGCGGGGAAAACUGAGAAAAACCAUACAUACCAUACAAACACACAUCCAUAACAGAGCACACAUCUGCAAACAGAGCAAAUGUUAAGUUAACAGACUCUUAGACUCUUUAGAUUGUGAUUUAAAGCAGCAAUCCAACACUACUGUGUCCAUUAUGCUAAUGUGUGUGUGCAGAGACAGGUCCUGCUUAGCCUAGUUUAACACAACAACUGGAAGCUUUCAGAACAAAGGUUGGGUUGUAAAGUGGGCUUCCGUAGAGUUCAGUUCUGGUUUAUCAGGGGUUCAGAGGCCGUGUUGGGACAUUAGUUUGUAUUGUUUGAAACAAUUCUAAUUUUAAUAUUAACAUUAAAUUUAUUGUAGAACAGUUAAAAAAAAUCUUUAAAUUGUGAUAGUUUGUGAACAUACACUCGUCUGCCUCUGUACAGUCUAGACUCUACUGAACUUCUCUCUGCUGUUCACAGUCUCUGUUCUUCUGUAUUUAUGAGAAACCUUUCAUUCCUGUUCUUGUUAUUUAUGAACAUGAGUAUUUAUAGAGAGAUGCUCCAAUAAACUAUAACAUCUAUCUGUUCCAUGGCAAUGAGUGGCAGUUUAUUUUAUAGCAAAUGUUGUGGAUGUAGUGAAUAAUACCUGGAAUCCCCUCUGUUGUGUAGACAGAAAGGUGUUAAUUAAAAAGACUGUUGAUAUAAUGUUUUCCAUUUUUUAUCAACUAAUAAAAACUAAACAAUGUGAAGUAAUUCAA